GGGAGGGUCAGGAGGUGACGGGAGGAGGAGGCAGGAGGAAGAAGGGAGGUUGGGAGGGAGCGUCCGGUGGGCGGGCGCAGACAGCUCUGCCAGACCUCCGGCUCCCUCAACCCGGCCGCCGCGGUGAGCCCCACAACGCGAGAGGGGAGUCCGCCGUAGCAGAAGGGAGAAAAUUCAAAACGAGACUACUCAACCUCGUCUUGGCUCCGAGGCCCUGGCGUGGAGACCAGCACAAUGCGCAGGCGCACCCCUCCUGGAGGCGCAGCGCAGGUCCAUCAGAUUGGAGCCUUCUCGGCCACCGUCGUCCAGUUCUCUUCCGAUUCGUUUUCCUUUCCCGUAUUUCCGCUCUGAAGCCUGAGGUAGUUGAUGUGUGCGGGCUGGGCGCCGGUGGAAAUAGAACCUCGUGGUAAGGUCUGUAAAAACCCGAGGAAGAUAACUGAAGCCUAGCUUCUACUGCGCUUGCGGCGCUGUCUACCUUAGAGCUACUUGAUACAACGCAUACAUUUUGUGGAGAAGGCUCGUGUGUACUUUCCGCCAUGGCACAACUCCAGGCACGUUUCUACACCGAGGACAAGAAAUACGCAGUGGAUGAUGUUCCUUUCUCAAUCCCUGCCACCUCUGAAGUCGCCGACCUUAGUAACAUUAUCAAUAAAUUGCUGGAGACCAAAAAUGAUCUCCACAAACAUGUCGAGUUUGAUUUCCUUAUCAAGGGCCAAUUUCUUCGAAUGCCCUUGGUCAAACACAUGGAACUGGAGAACAUUUCCUCGGAAGAGGUUGUGGAACUAGAAUAUGUGGAAAAAUACACCGCACCCCAGCCAGAGCAGUGCAUGUUCCAUGAUGAUUGGAUCAGCUCAAUCAAAGGGGCAGAAGAAUGGAUCCUGUCUGGUUCUUAUGAUAAGACUUCUCGGAUCUGGUCCUUAGAAGGAAAGUCAAUAAUGACAGUUGUAGGACAUACAGAUGUUGUGAAAGAUGUGGCUUGGGUGAAAAAAGACAGUUUGUCCUGCUUACUGCUGACAGCCUCGAUGGACCAGACCAUUGUCUUGUGGGAGUGGAGUGUAGAGAGGAACAAAGUGAAAGCUCUGCACUGCUGCCGAGGCCAUGCUGGGAGUGUGGACACCAUCGCAGUCGAUAGCUCAGGAACUAAGUUUUGCAGUGGCUCCUGGGAUAAGAUGCUAAAGAUCUGGUCUACAGUCCCUACAGAUGAAGAAGAUGAAAUGGAAGAACCCACAAAUCGGCCAAGAAAGAAGCAAAAAACAGAACAAUUGGGACUAACAAGAACACCCUUGGUGACUCUUUCUGGCCAUACAGAAGCAAUUUCCUCAGUCCUUUGGUCAGAUUCCGAAGAAAUCUGCAGUGCAUCUUGGGAUCACACAAUUAGAGUGUGGGAUGUUGAAUCUGGAGGUCUUAAGUCAACUCUGACAGGAAAUAAAGUAUUUAAUUGUAUUUCCUAUUCUCCCCUUUGUAAACGUUUGGCAUCUGGAAGCACAGACAGGCAUAUUAGACUGUGGGAUCCCCGAACUAAAGAUGGUUCUUUGGUGUCGCUGUCCCUCACCUCACAUACAGGCUGGGUAACGUCAGUGAAGUGGUCUCCGACCCAUGAACAGCAGCUGAUCUCAGGCUCCUUAGAUAACAUUGUGAAGCUAUGGGACACAAGAAGUUGUAAGGCUCCUCUCUACGAUCUAGCUGCUCAUGAAGAUAAAGUUCUAAGUGUGGACUGGACAGACACAGGGCUACUUCUGAGUGGAGGAGCAGACAAUAAAUUGUAUUCCUACAGAUAUUCCCCUACCACAUCCCAUGUGGGGGCUUGAAAAUGAAUGGCUGAAAAGAGACUUUCUUGUUGGGCUGUGUUCUAAUUCUUAGUGUCUCACUGUUGUCAUAAACUGUGAAUGAAAUUGGAAAGAGGGUUUGGAAUACAGCUUAGCUGGUAGAGUGCUUCCCUAAAAUGGCCUAUCCCUGCAUACUAUCUCCAGUACUGCCCAAAAAAAGUGGGCAUGGUAGUACAUUCCUGUAAUCCCAGGUCCUGGGAGGGGUUGGAAGCAAAAUAAUCAAAAGUUCAAGGUCACCCUCAGCUGUAUAGUGAGCUUAAAGGCAGCCAGCCAUGGUUACUCGAGCCUGUCUCAGAAAGAAAUCAGUGGAUAAUCCUCUGAUACCAUUGUCAAUGCAGAGACCGGAAGCAGCCUUUUAAAAAUUUGGGUAACAGUUCAUCUUUCAUAUUGGCUACAUUUUAUUAUCUUUAUCUUUCAUGUUUAUAAAAUAUAAUAAAUAUGUGGCCUGAAUUCUUUACCUUUUGCAGACUCCUCAAACUUAAAUUGUGAAGUAUACUUUUUAAAGGGAUACAUUACAAAUAUAGUGACUAUUUUUUUUUAAUUUCUUGGCUGUUUAGUUAGCUAUUUGAAGAAAAACAUCCAGAAAAGCCUAAUAAUGCUAUAGAGCAUCAUAGCACACACUCAUAACCCUGACAUUUAGGAAGCAGAAGCAAGGGGCUUAGGACUUGAGUAAGGGUUGGCCUCAUAACUAGUUCAAAUCAGGAUGAGGCUCAAAAAAAAUAAGGAAAAUGAAAACUUAUAGGAGGGUCAUCAAGAUGGCUCAGUGGGUAAAGAUACCUGCUGCCACUUCUGAUAACCUGAGUUCAGUUCUCAGGUUUGAAAGAAUCAACUCCUGCACGUCCUUUUGCCUCCACACACAUGCUGUGGCUUGCACACAACUAACCUGUAAAUAAAUUGUGAAAAUAAAAUGUUUAUAAAAGUAUGGGAAAAACAGUCAUCUAACAUUAAAAAGCAAAUAGUAAAAAAAAAAAAAAAAAAAAAAAAUUAAAACAUUAAAAAGUUGGAUGAAUAAGAAAAUAAGACUUUUGAGUGUUUAAAGCAUUAAAACAAUGUAAAUGUUAAUUUGUUAAUGUGUUGAAUAGCAGGACAAUGGUGAUGUACACCUUUGAUCCUAGCUCUUGGGAAGCAGAGGCAGGUGGAUCUUUGUGGGUUCGAGAACAGCCUGUGAGUUCCAGGACAGCCAGAGACCCUGUCUCAAAAGCUAUUAAAAAACAAAAGAAAAAGUCUUUCCUGA